AUGGUGAAGACCAAACCCUCCAGCAACGGCUGCAUCCUCCCCUCCUUCCUGUACCUGGCCCCGGCCUCCGCCGCCAGCUCGCUCGAGUUCCUCCAGCGCCACGAAAUAACAGUCGUAAUCUCAAUCGGCAAGACACCCUCGCGGAAACACACCUCCAUCGAGUCCGACCACGGCCCGCAGAGCAUAACGUACCACCGCCUGGGCCUCGAAGACAGAGAAGACGCUGAUAUACGCAAGUGCGUCGACUCUGCGUGCGUGAUCCUCGAGGAGGCGAGCACAGCCCGGAAGAGAGUCCUCGUCCAUUGCUCGGCCGCGAUUUCAAGGUCGCCUGCUAUUGUUGCGUCGUACCUGAUUAAAUGCAGGGGGUUUGGGCUUGAAGGGGCGCUUGGCGUGCUGAGGGAAACUAGGCCGGUUGUUUCGCCGAAUAGGGGGUUUAUGGAGCAGUUGAGGGCGUUGGAGGCGGAGGUUAGUGGGGCGAGGGGUCGUGGGGAGGGGGAGGGGGAGGACAGGGUGGACGGGAAGGAGGGAUCGCAGCACGGUUCCGCUGCUUAG